CCGCACGGCGGCUGCGCGGGUCGGUGCCUCCAACUUUCAACUUUUGGGAUCCGUUUCCUCGGGAGGGGUUUUGGGGGGAGCUUUUGGGGGGCCCCCAGGGCGGGCACAGCUCCCACCCUCCCUCCCGGCACCGCCCGAGGCUCCGGCCCCGCCCGCACCAUGGUGUCCUGGAUCCUCAGCCGGGUGAUCGAGCUGGUUUUUGGGAUGCUCUACCCGGCCUACGCGUCCUACAAGGCUGUGAAGGCCAAAAACAUCCGGGAAUACGUCCGCUGGAUGAUGUACUGGAUCGUCUUUGCGCUCUUCAUGGCCACGGAGACCUUCACCGACCUCCUCAUCUCCUGGUUCCCGUUCUACUACGAGGUGAAGAUGGCCUUUGUGCUCUGGCUGCUGUCCCCGUACACGCGGGGGGCCAGCCUGCUCUACCGCCGCUUCGUGCACCCCACGCUGGCCCGCAAGGAGAAGGACAUCGACACCUUCCUGGUCCGGACCCGGGAACGUGGCUACGAGACGAUGCUGCACUUCGGCAAGAGGGGCCUCAACCUGGCGGCCACCGCCGCCGUCCAGGCGGCCACCAAGAGCCAGGGCGCCCUGGCCGGGCGGCUGCGCAGUUUCAGCAUGCAGGACCUGCGCUGCAUCCCCGCCCAGGGCCCCGCGCCCUUCCCGGACCCCCUGUACCUGGAGGAGCAGGACGGCCGCCGGCUGGGCUGUGGCGCGGCUCUGCCCGCCCGGCGCUACGAGAGCGACACGGAGGAUGAUGAUGAGGAGGAGCUGUGGUCGGACUCGGGGGUGACCCCACAGCCUUCCCCACGCCGGGAUCCCAAGCCCCUGUCCCGCAGCCAGAGCCUGCGCUCCCUGAGGAAGACCCCGGCAAAAGAGGGCUCUUCCCGGCUCCUGCGCAGCCGGAUCAGGAGGAAAACGGCCCCCUCGGAGCAGGACAGCUAAAAAUCCCGGGAAACCUCUGCCAAAGAUCCCGGGAAACCCCUGCCAGGAGCCUUUACACGAGUUUGCUGCUGUGGGGUCAGGAGACCCCAUUCCUGCAUUCCCUGGGGGGGGAGGGUCCUGUAUCCUUGGGGGGGGUUUCCUGCAUCCUUGGAGUGGGGGUUUCCCCUGCCUGACACUGUAAAUGCCUUCUGUGACCUCUGUGGUGCCUCGGGGAGGGGGCACCACCUCGCUGUCCCCCCACUCUGCUGCUCCCAGUGCCCCCUCCCAGACCCCCCCAGCUCGGCGCCGGCGCCUCCCCCCUCAUGGGGUCUGGCCCCCUCCUCCUUUUCUGCCACCCCAUAAACACUACACACACUCUGGGGUCCCCCCCCUCCUGCCACAGUGCCUUGUUCCCCACAUUCCCAUCCCAUCCCAGCAGCCAGGGAUGGGAUGGGAUGGGAUGGGAUGUGCCUUGUCCCCCCGAAGCCAAAGACUUUUGGGCUCCCCCCCACCCCAGACACAGACUGACACCCCCACACUUGAACCUGGUGGGGUGGGGGCUGGUGCCUCACUGUGGCCCUGCUGGGCACCUCAUUCCCAGGCUUUUAACAUUCCCCUCUCCCCCCCAAAAUAGGGGGUUUUGUACAUGGAAAAUAAAUAAAUAAAUAAAUGCUGUGUCAGA